GUCAUUGUAUCGCCACAACGUAGAUCGAUCAUCAUCUAACCGAGCUGCGGUGGCAUCUGCCCACGAUCAAACAGGUCGAAAUACUAGAACUUCACAAGGGAUUAGGAUGGAAAGUUCGGAUUCGGCGAAUCCUACCUACAUCUUCAAGCUGAUUCCGUCCGAGGCACCUCCCCCGGACCCGCUUCCUGCCAUCCUCCCUGUCAGUGAUCUUGACAAAACAUCCGGCUUCAUCCACUUGUCCACAGCGAAGCAGGUCCCGAACACGCUCAAGUGGUUCUUCACCAACGAGCCGCGCGUGUACGUCCUGCGUAUCCCAUAUGAUCCGCUGGAGGACAAGAUUAGGUGGGAGGAUCCAAAGGCUGAGGUUUGCGGGCCUAGAGGCGGAGAGGGCAUGUUCCCCCACUUAUACAAUGACCUCAAGCUGGGAAGCACCGAGGUGGAGAGCGUAGCUGUCUGGGAGAGAAAGGAAGGAGAGAGCUGGGAUGAUGUGAUUAACCGAGCAAGGGAGUGGUUGGUGUACUGAAGAACUUGGCGUUGGUCAAAGAUUCGACAGAAUUUAGUGCAGAUGCAGCUACUCAGUGCAUGCCGCACAUUUAAGGAGAUCACUGAAAGGGCAUUUGGUUUCAUAAAUGGGAGAGUAUAUGCAUACAGUGUACAGCUAGUGACAAUUUACAGAACGCGACCUCAGUCCUCCGC